AUGGCUGCAAACGGAUCCGCUCCUCCUGUUGGACAGGAGAACAUCAACACUGACAUUAUCACCCUCACAAGAUUCCUCACAGAGGAGCAGAACAAGGUCCCAGAGGCCACUGGUGACUUCACACUCCUGUGCCACUCCCUCCAAUUCGCUUUCAAAUCCAUCGCCUACUACAUUCGUCGUGCCUCGUUGAUCAACCUGACCGGAUUGGCAGGUUCCUCAAACACUACCGGUGAUGAUCAGAAGAAGCUCGAUGUUAUUGGAAAUGAUAUCUUCAUCUCUGCCAUGAAGGGCUCUGGAAAGUGCCGCAUUCUUGUCUCCGAGGAAGAGGAGGAUGUCAUCUUGUUCAACGAGAACCCUAACGCCCGUUAUGCCGUUGUCUGUGACCCUAUCGACGGUUCAUCCAACCUUGACGCAGGCGUUUCGGUUGGUACUAUCUUCGGUAUUUUCAAGCUCCCCGAUGAGGUCUUGGGCCCCAACAAGACUGUCUCUGAAAAGGAUCUGCUCCGCCCCGGAACUGAGAUGGUUGCUUCUGGAUUCACCAUGUACGGUGCCUCUGCACAGCUUGUUAUCACCAUGCGUGAUGGUGAUGUCAACGGAUUCACCAUGGAAAACUCGCUGGGCGAGUUCAUCCUGACCCACCCCAACAUGAAACUUCCCCACGAGCGAGCCAUCUACUCUGUCAACGAGGGUAACAGCUCAUACUGGGAGGACUGGACCAACGCCUACUUCGACUCGCUCAAGCACCCCGAAGAGGGCAAGAAGCCCUACAGCGCCCGUUACAUUGGUAGCAUGGUGGCUGAUGCCUACCGAACCCUUCUCUACGGUGGUAUUUUCGCCUACCCCUCCGACUCAAAGAGCGUGAAGGGCAAGCUCCGUAUCCUGUACGAGUGUGCGCCCAUGGCCAUGCUCUUCGAAAACGCCGGUGGCUUGGCCGUCAACUCCCAGAUGGAGCGCCUCUUGGAAGUUGUGCCCGAACACAUCCACGACAAGAGCGGUGUCUACCUUGGCUCCAAGGGCGAAGUGCAGAAGGUCAUCGACAUGUACAACAAGCACAAGAAAUAA